AGAUCCGUGCAGAGAUACAUUUGUGGAAGAGUCGUCCGUCAUGCAGGGAUGGGAUUUUGAUUUUCGAUUAGAAAGAAAGCCUUGAUUACAAACAAUAUAAAUAAAUGGCUCGCAAGUCGCCACCGCCAAAUCCAAUCAACUUGUCUCCUCGGAAUCCUUCUCCCGUGAUCGGCGGAUUGUGAAUGCCGUUCACCGAGAUUUUCUCCGAUUCUUUUCCCCAGUGAGAGCACAAGUGUUAUCAUCAUCCUACAAUGGCCUCGAUUCUUAACCAGACUCAAGAGCUGCAGCAGUCUUCUAAGGUUCUUGGCCAUGUAAGAUGCGAAAGCUACUUUCUAUUCCCCGGAGAAAGCAAUCUAUCUGAUGGUCUCCGAGCUGUCUUGUAUUUUCUCGGUCUCGCCUACUGCUUCAUCGGCUUGUCAGCCAUCACCGCAAGGUUCUUCAAAUCUAUGGAGAAUGUGGUGAAACAUUCCCGUAAAGUGGUUUCAGUUGACCCCGUUACUAAAGCUCAAGUCAUCACCUACAAGAAAGUUUGGAACUUUACCAUCGCAGACAUCAGUUUGUUGGCGUUUGGAACUAGCUUCCCUCAGAUAUCUCUGGCUACUAUCGAUGCUUUUCGCAACAUGGGCGAGCGCUAUGCUGGAGGUCUUGGUCCUGGAACACUUGUUGGCUCAGCUGCUUUUGAUCUUUUCCCUAUCCAUGCUGUUUGUGUCCUGAUGCCUAAAGCUGGAGAACUCAAAAAGAUAUCCGACUUAGGUGUUUGGCUAGUCGAGCUGGUUUGGUCUUUUUGGGCUUACAUUUGGCUAUACAUAAUCCUUGAGGUGUGGUCACCAAAUGUAGUUACACUUGUGGAGGCAUUAUUAACGGUCCUGCAAUACGGUUUACUUCUAGUUCAUGCGUAUGCGCAAGACAAGCGUUGGCCUUACUUGUCUUUACCAAUGUCAAGAGGUGAUAGGCCAGAGGAGUGGGUUCCAGAGGAGAUUGAUACAUCAAAAGAUGACAAUGAUGUUCAUGACGUGUAUUCGGAUGCUGCUCAGAGAGCUGUUGAACCAGGAAACGGAAACAUUGUUGAUAUCUUCUCUAUUCAUUCAGCUACCAAUGAUGCAGGGAUCACAUAUCAUACAGUGGCAGAUACUCCAGUAGGAUCUUCUACGAGUAAGCGUAUGGCCAAGAAUGCUACUGUUUUUGACACUUGGAAACAGCAAUUCGUAGAUGCAAUCACGUUGGAAACAUCUGAAUCCAAGAAAAUUGAUAGCAUUUACCUUCGAAUAGCCAAAUCCUUUUGGCAAUUGGUCCUUGCCCCUUGGAAAAUUGUUUUUGCAUUUGUGCCACCUUGCAACAUUGCUCACGGUUGGAUCGCUUUUAUCUGCUCGCUUCUCUUCAUCAGCGGAGUAGCCUUUGUUGUCACAAGAUUUACCGACCUUAUAAGCUGUGUCACUGGUGUAAACCCAUAUGUGAUAGCAUUCACAGCACUAGCAGCUGGAACUUCAUGGCCAGAUUUAGUAGCAAGUAAAAUUGCUGCAGAGCGACAACUCACAGCAGAUUCAGCCAUAGCAAACAUCACCUGCAGUAACUCGGUGAACAUAUAUGUGGGGAUUGGAGUUCCGUGGCUGAUAAACACAGUGUACAACUACUUUGCAUACAGAGAGCCUCUAUACAUAGAAAAUGCGAAAGGACUAAGCUUCUCUCUGCUGAUAUUCUUUGCGACAUCAGUGGGAUGCAUAGUGGUGCUGGUGUUGAGAAGGUUGAUUAUAGGAGCUGAGCUUGGAGGUCCAAGGCUGUGGGCUUGGCUUACUUCUGUUUAUUUCAUGUUGCUUUGGGUCAUCUUCGUUGUUCUUUCUUCUUUGAAAGUUUCAGGCAUCAUAUAAAAAAGUAGAAGCAAUCAAAAGGCAAGGAGAAACUAGUUACCUGUAAUAAUUUGCAUGGCAGUUGGCUAAACAUGUAUUACAAACCUAAAGCAUAUUGAAAAUGAACUGGGUUGGAAUCACUACUGGCUAUACAGAAGGGUUGGUCAGAUUUAAUGUAGUGGUUUUUCUACGA